AUGGCCUCGGCAUCGUUGUACGCGCACGAGAUCGGCGAAGGGGUACCCGUGGUGAUAGUGCACGGGUGGGAGAUGAACGGCAAGGUGGAGGAGGUGGACUUUGAGCCGAUUUUCGAACAAUUUCCAGGCUUUCGUCGCAUCUACGUCGACCUUCCGGGCAUGGGCGCAACACCUGCCGACGACGUCAGAGACCUGGAUGAAAUGCUGGGUCGCUUGGUCGGAUUCGUCGGCGCUCGUCUUGGGUCGUCGAGGUUCUUGGUGGCCGGGUCAUCGUGCGGCGCUUACCUCGCUCGCGCACUCGCCCAAAUAUACGCCGCACGGGUCGAUGGCUUGUUGUUACGAGUGCCGCUCAUCGAGCCCGAGAACCGUCUGCGCGACAUCGAUCCCUUCCGACCACUCGUCACAGACGAGGGAGCCUUGUCGGGCAUUUCGGGCGAGGACCGUGCACUCUUCGAAAACGUGCUGGUCCAGACACCUUCUUACAUCAAAGCUCUCCAGUCGAAAUACGACAAGGCCAUCGUCCCUGCACUUAACGCGGCGGAUAAUGAAGUGUUGGACCCCAUCCGCGCGGAUCCAAGCCGAUACAAGCUCUGUCUUGCCCUGGACGACAAGGAGGGGGCCCGCGUGGUGGCGCCCACGCUGAUCGUAUGCGGAAGACAAGAUGAAGUCGUGGGGUACCGUGAUAGUCUUCGCCUGCUGGAGCUCUACCCGCGCUCGACAUUCGUCGUUUUGGAUCGCGCUGGACAUGACUUGCCCGUUGAGCAGGACGGAGUCUUUCAGGCCCUUGUGCGGGAUUGGCUGAGCCGAGUCAUCGAAUGGCGAGAGUCUGAGAGUACGGAUAGAUAG